AUGAUAAAACCAUAUCAAACGCCAUCGCCGGAAUCUUCCAAAUAUCCCAGAAAGUCGAAGCGGGUGCGUACCGGCUGCCUGACAUGUCGAGACCGACAUCUCAAAUGCGAUGAAUCAAUCCCGUCCUGUCGAAAUUGCCAAAAGGGGAGACGAAAGUGUUUACGCGGAAUCAGACUGAAUUUCACAAAUAUUACAAUUCACGAUUCAUCUAAUUUUAUUCCAAUCGCUUCCAAGAAUAAUAUAAUCACGAUUAGAGACGAGUCUCGCCAAAUUGCUUCCGAGUAUCAAGACGGAUUGGUCGGAUACGCAGAGGCAGACACCGAGAGAAGCCAAUUUUUAAAUUGCAGCCCAAUGGCUCGAACGCAAACCCCCAUUUCUGACCCAGGAUCCUCCAGCUCUAUUCUUCAAGGACAUGUCUGGCACAUCUAUAUAUCACCUGAGAGCUCAAACAAAACGAGGAGUAUAUACAGCGAUAGCUUGAUCCUACAAGCUACAGAGUGGCGCAAAGGGGCUACGGUCGAAUCAGGUCAAAUGAGUCUUUCUGAAGUGGAAGAGCGAUCAAAUAUCAGUGUGAGCAUUGAGGACGACAGUGCUACUCUUGGAGAUGCCACGGGCCCUACCGCUUUCGAAAGAGAGUUCCUCGACUCACCCGAGCACGUUCAGUAUAUGCGAGUUUAUGUAGAUGAAAUUGCAAUCUGGAUGGAUUCAUUGAGCAAAGGAAAGCAAUUUGGCGAAUGUCUCCCAUACCGAGCGCUGGAUUCUCCUCUACUUCUAUAUUCACUCUUGGCUUGUGGGGUUAGACGGUUAUCACAUCGCCAGCCAGACUUGCGCAGUAGGGCUACGGCUUAUUACAGCACAGCAAAUAUGCAGCUAUUUCGCUAUCACGAGAAUCCAGAGCGCAGCAUAGAAGAAUGCUCAGUUGCGGCAACGAUUUUGAAACUCUACAACAUCAUGUUUAGGGAAAGGCCGGAGACUGGCGGCCACAGUCUUACCGUGCUCAACUCAAUCAUUAGUGAAAGUCAGUGGACUGCGGAGAGCGAUGGUGUCGGGUCAGCAUGUUUCUGGCUGAAUGCCUAUCUAGAUCUCACGGGAAGCCUAGAGACAGGCUAUCACUUGCAUUUUGGUUCGUGGAGCAUGGAUCUGGGCUUCCCCAGCGACGGAAGCGAAGUCAUGGCCCAAGGAGACGAAGAGCUAUGGGCGCAGAAAAUGCUAUUCAUACUGGCCAAGGUUGCGAGCUACAGGCUGCAGGUGCUGUCCUUUACAGAGAUGGAUCCGAGGGAAAACAGGACCUUGGAGAACUACAUACCGGAAUGGAAGCAUCUGAAGCAGCUCUGCGUUCAGUGGAGCGACGCAUGUCCGAGGAACUUGCGACCAUUGGGAUAUAUGCAACCCGAUCAAGUGGAAAGUAAUUCUGUUUUUCCGAAAGCAUGGGCGCCCAAGCAAGAAGCAAUAUUUUGUCGUCUUUUGUAUCACACUGCGCAAUGCAUACUCACUCAGACACAUCCCAUGGAACAAACGAUGGUAUCGGAUGAAAUAAGCUGGCUUCAGCUCCACCAUGCCCGUGAAGUAUGUGGGAUUGUAGCGCAUACGGACGACAGGUAUCUCGGACUGAUUUAUACUCGAGCAUUCUUGCUUGCGUCAAUUGUUAUAACGGAUCACAAAGAACAAAUAGAAAUCUUGGAGAUUCUACAGAGAAUGGAGACUCAAAUUGGAUAUUCGCGGCCAGGUGCCGAGGAGCAUCUCAAAGCCGCCUGGGGCUGGGAUGCUACAGGGCCGGCCAUGUACGAUCAGGGGCGUGAGGAAGACGCCCAUAUAGGCCCUGCUUCUAUACAAAUGUCGGAUAUCUCCGUGGUUGUUUCGCCCCAGCAGCCAUCGCCGUCAGUAAACACUCCAUAUACCCCGAUGUCUGUACCGCGAACGGAUAAUCUGCCGCAGCAGCAGGGUCCUUCAUUUGCCCACUUUGAGCAAACUCCACAAUACAGCUAUAACACCUGGCGGGAUAACAGCACUUUCACUCAGCUGUUUUAUUCUCCUAAUCGCUGA